ACAUGUAUAAAGUAAUGUGGGAUAAUGAUAGAGCAUUCAAAGGCAUCUCAUCAAAUCUUGGGCUCCCGCCACCAAUCUGAUGCGCUGUUGUUAACCGCAUCUGUCUGGUGCUCCAUCUAGGGCAAGUAGGGCAUGUAAUCAAAUUCGCCUCGUCUUGCUUUCCCUGAAGAUCUUACCCCAAGAUCGCGGCGACGUCAUGAAUGAAUACACGCCUCCGCAUCCACCACCACCACCACUACCACCACCACGACCACAGCACGGCUUGUAUGCGCCCAACCUUACAACAUCACCCGCGUAAACAUCACGCGAGCCAAGCAUUCCUCAGUAUGAAAUCUCCUCCGGGCCAGACUCAUCCUCGAUGCGAUACCGCAUCAGGCAAAGAAAUCCGUCCGGGUUCUGAUGUCUGCGCGUCACGGUUCACAUCAACAAUACGGGCAGGCCCACACGCGGAACAGCACCGCCAUGCUCAUCAGCAUCAUCUCCGCAGGCACACGUGUCUGUGUAUACAGGGAAUAUCAUCACGACGGAACAGCGAUGCCGCCUUUCCCGCACUCUCAAGGACUCACUACUUACGUGCUACAGUACUGUAUCUAUCCCCUCCAGUGGCGAUCGCUGUGUAAUAUAUCUGUGUCAAAAGUGGUUCGCCAUCGAAGCUCAGCCUUGCGGGCCCCGGCGGACAGCUCCUCACCUUGUGCUGCUGCGGAUGCCAAGGGAUGGGA